AUGACUUCCAUCAGUAUACCAGAGAAGCAGACCGUGGCGCUUGUUAGAAAGCUUGGCGGGCCUGUUGAGUUUGUUGAAGACUAUCCUGUGCAGUUGCCCGGACGCGAUGAAGUGCUGGCCAAGGUCCUGUACACUGGUGUCUGUCAGAGUGACAUGCACACAGCCCGUGGCACAGCGGCCGGCGCAGUCGGCAAACCCAUCACAGCAAUCAAGCUGCCUCGCAUUGGUGGCCACGAAGGUGUAGGCCGACUAGUCGCUUUGGGCCCAGGCAUCGCAGAUCGCGAUCCAUCGAUCCAUCUUGGAGCGCUGGUUGGGAUCCGCUUCUCCAGCAGGAUUUGUCGCAGAUGUACUUACUGUCUUGCUGGCACGGAGCAGUAUUGCCAAGGCGUAGGAGACUUGAAGCCUACGAAUCAUCUUCAUCAUGAGGACGGUGCUUUCCAGCAAUACGUGUGUCUGGAUGCGGGCUAUCUGACGAUCUUGCCAUCGGAAGCGGACCCUGUGGUGACGGCGCCGACGCUUUGUGCAGGUCUUACGGCGUACAAAGCUGUUAAGAAUGCGGAGAUAAGUCCUGGAGAAACAGUUGUCGUGCUAGGCACAGGAGGCGGCCUUGGCCAAUAUGCUGUGCAGUAUAGCCGCACUCGCGGGGCGAGGGUCAUAGGCGUCGAUACAGGGAAGGCAAAGCAAGAGCUUGUAGCCUCGUUCGGUGUCCAAUUCGUCGACUUCAAAGAAGUCCCUGACAUCGUAGCAGAGAUCAGACGCCUUAUCCCUGGUGAUGCUCACGCUGUUAUAGUCGCAGCAGGCUCAUCCACAGCCUUUGCACAGGCGGCUUCCAUGCUUCGUACUCGCGGCACGAUGUGUCUGAUCGGAAUACCUCCAGGCGGCGGACAGAUUCUGACAUCAGUGGCCGAGAUUGUGAUCAAAGGGCUGAACAUCAAGGGCAAUCUGGUCGGAAGUCUGGCAGAGAGUUUAGAGGCUGUGCAAUUGGUGCGUGACGGGUUAGUGAAGCCCAAGGUGUACGUGAGGCCUUUUCGAGAUCUGCCUGCGGUGUAUGAAGAGCUGGAGAGCGGCGAUAUCGCUGGCCGGGUUGUGCUGAAGAUCGGCGACGAUCCAGGACUUUAUCCUGUGUGA